AGCACAACAGUGCAAAAAGGAGCAGGUGAUGUUACAUUCAGUGAGAGGUGGACACAUUCUAUAUCUAUAUCCUCUGUUGGCUGUUACUGGUUCUGCUGUACCUACUCACCAGAGGAAAUAAACAUUGAGUCACACAGACACACAGAAGAACAAUUGAAGAACAAUUUUAACAUUAUUAAGGAGGUCUUUACAUUUAACGUCACCAUACAUUACACAGCAAUGAUGAACACUAUGACACAUCAGCUCUUAGGCUUCUUCCUCGGCCUCCUGGGCCUGGUUAGCUCUCUGACAUCAACCGUGCUUCCUCAAUGGCGCCUAACAGCUUAUUUUAGCACUAAUUUUAUCACCGCUUUAUACUAUAUGAAAGGUCUAUGGAUGGAGUGUGUUAGCCACACAGCUGGAAUUUAUCAGUGUGAAUUCCACCGAUCAACGCUUUCUCUGCCCAAAGGUCUGCUGGCUGCACGGAUUUUAAUGGUGCUUUCAUGUAUCAUUUCUAUUCUGGCUGCCAUAGUUUCAGCUGUGGGCAUGAAAUGUACUCGCUGUGCCCACCAGUCCCAUGCCAAGGGCUCCAUUGCUGUGUUUGGAGGUGUAUGCUUCAUCCUGGCUGGCAUUUUUUGCCUUAUCACUACAUCUUGGACAACCUGUGAUGUCAUCAGCAAUGCAUACAAUAUCUUUACUACUGCUGGGAUGAAAUAUGAAAUCGGAUUGGCUGUGUACAUCUCUUUCUCAUCAGCUAUUUUCAGUAUUUGUGGAGGUGGGAUGCUAUGUGUUGCAUCAUGGGAUGUAAGAAAUGAUGUAAGCCACAAGGUGGUAGAUACACAGGUCCCAGGCACAAAUAAGCUACAGCAUGUGCCAUCCUAUCAAGCAAACAGUGGCUUUCAAAAUGAUUCAUCAUUACCAACUUUUUCCUACAACAGAGGAUGCAGGUUAAGUGAUAACAUUAGUAAUAGUAGUAUUAAAAGUAAAAUUUCAAGUAAAAGUGCAGUAAAUUGA